CUUUAUAACUGUAUACGAAGAAAUACAAUGAUUUCAGAUCAGAAUUUAUCUGAGUUAGAAGAAGUUGGCUACACUGUUGUUCCAGGCGUUAUUCCACCAGCAGAAUGUGACAAAUACAUUGAUGAAUAUAACCAGUGGUUAAAACAGUUUGGCGGGGGAUGGCCUAACUCAUCUAAGGGCCUCAUUAGAGGAUAUAAUACAGGUCAUUUAGAAACGACAUGGAAUGUUCGGCUGAAAGCAAAGUCUGUAUUUGAACAACUUUGGAAAACAGAAAAACUGCUGACCAGUUUCGAUUCGAUUGCUAUUGGUCGCCCUCCUGAAGAUGGAGAAGAACCCUAUGAUGACGGGAGCUCUCAUUGGCUACAUUUAGAUCAAGAGGCGUGUCGUGAAGGUCUGCAUGCAUAUCAAGGCGGUGUUUACCUUGAAGAGGCGUGUGAAGAUGACUGGACUCUUCAAGUGAUGGCAAAAUCACACAGGGUUUUUCACAAAUUUUUCGGAAAGUUUGAUAGUGCAGCCAAAAAAUCAAACCAAAUCCAGUUUUUUAGACUGUCUAAAUCCCAUGUCAAUUAUUUUGAACAAAAUGGUUGUAGAAUUAAAAGAGUACCUGUUCCUAAGGGAGGGAUGGUGUUGUGGGACUCGCGCGUUGUUCAUGCUAAUGCCCAACCCAAAGAAGGCAGGGCUAACCCUGGACGUUGGAGAUAUGUUGUAUUUGUAUCAAUGACUCCUGCAAAAUGGGCAUCUCCCGCAGAUAUAGCUAUUAAAAGAGAGGCUUACGAAGGAAUAAAGAUGACCAACCACUGGUCUUCUGAAGGUUCCGAGUUGAUGAAGGAGUCAGCAGCCAGUAAAGCUCAUCCUAGAACGUUUCCCGAUGUGGCCCAAACAGAACAGAGUCAACUCCUUUCUGGAGUGAUUCCUUACGACUUUAAGGACGGGACACCAAAUGGACCACCAAAGCCCGUGUCAAAAUUCUUUGUAAAAUAUUGAUAUUCAUUUGAUUAGCUGACAUAACAUUAAUGAUGUGAUCUUAAACUAAACCGACAGAAACUGAGAGACCCACAGUUUUAUUUUACAAGUAAAAAGAUAUAUAUGUUAUUGUAUUUGAUGUUAAUUUAUUCUGUUUAGGUAUUGUUAUUGUAAAUCAAUGUUCUUGUAAAUUAUAAUUAUGAAUCUUACCUGUUAACACCUUAUAGCAAGGGUAUCGUUGUAAACAAUGGAUUAUUAAACGAAGGUUUAUGUGACUAUGAAGACUGUGUGAGGAAGGUGAUGUGGAAAGGAGCAACAUAUCAUGGUUGAUCAAUUUAGAAUGUGUGUCAUUAUUAGGGAAAGCACCAAAAAUCUCUUAUACAUUUGUUGUAUUUUAAUAUGUGUUUAAUAAUGAACAUUUUCAUACUAUACAGCAAAUAAUGUGAAAAAUAAUUAUAGAUACAUUUAAUGCUAAUGAAGUUUUGAUUUGUAAUCUAUAAAUCUGUGCAAUAUAUAUACGACAUAUA